CUAAUUGUCGAUAGCAAGCGAGAGCAGCCCAUACCGCCCUAUGCGAUGCCGAUACCCGCAGUCGCAUGCCUGGCUAUCCAGCAUCCGCAGCCGGACCUGAUGGUUCGGGUCGGCACCAUUGUGGAUGAGGUCCGUCACCUGCUGCUGAUUAGCGAAGGUCCGACGAAUAAUGCCCUCAGUCAGCUGUCGGGUGGCUUUGCUGAUACACAAACGACACAAUCCAAGACUGCCAACAUGGUGUGCCGACGGGACGUACCCUGUGCCAUCCCUGUGCCGGAUGUCGAUGUCCUCGAGCCGCAGACAGCCGUCAGGCAGCUGGCCCUGUGCGCUGGAGGCCAUCACUCACGCGGCCUGCUCACACACAUCACAAGCAAAAGGCAGGUCACACAGGAUGCCUCCUUCUCUCUCUGUGUGUAAACCCAUUCGCACCUUAUCAGUGAGUGUGUGAUGCGUCGACUGUUCGUGUUCCUUGCCGUCUGUCAAGCAAC